UUAUGUGUUAGUUGUGACUAUUAACGGUGGAUAAACAGUUCUAAAGUUCUCACUGCAAAGUUCUAUAAAUACCCCUUCACCCCUUCCCACUUUUCUUCACUCAACUGCCUCACAUUUUCUCUAUCUACAGCUCUGUUUCUCUCCAAGUUCCAAUCGGCAAGAAAAUGGCUCCUCUUGUGUUUUUCUUGGUGGGUUUUCUUGCAAUGGUGUCAUCUGUCAAUUGUUAUGGUGGUGGUGGUUGGAUAAAUGCUCAUGCAACUUUCUACGGAGGUGGCGAUGCUUCUGGCACAAUGGGUGGAGCAUGUGGUUAUGGUAACCUGUAUAGCCAAGGGUAUGGAACAAACACUGCAGCUUUGAGCACAGCUCUGUUCAACAGUGGGCUUAGUUGUGGAUCUUGCUAUGAGAUUAGGUGUGUUAAUGACCCAAAAUGGUGUCUGCCUGGCUCCAUUGUGGUCACAGCCACCAAUUUCUGCCCCCCAAAUAAUGCCUUACCUAACAAUGCAGGGGGCUGGUGUAACCCUCCUCAGCAACACUUUGACCUCUCUCAACCCGUUUUCCAGCACAUUGCUCAAUACAGAGCUGGAAUUGUUCCUGUUGCCUACAGAAGGGUACCCUGCAGAAGAAGGGGAGGAAUAAGGUUCACAAUCAACGGUCAUUCCUACUUCAACCUAGUCUUAAUCACCAACGUAGGUGGUGCUGGUGAUGUACAUGCAGUAGCAAUCAAAGGGUCAAGAACUGGUUGGCAAGCAAUGUCAAGGAACUGGGGCCAAAACUGGCAGAGCAACACUUAUCUCAAUGGACAAAGCCUUUCAUUUAAGGUCACUACUAGCGAUGGGCGUAGUGUGGUCUCCUAUAACGUUGCUCCUGCUAGUUGGUCCUUCGGCCAGACUUUCUCUGGUGCCCAAUUCCGCUAGGGUCCCUUUCCAAACUGCCUAUCCAAUCAUGUCCUUCAAAUUAAAGGCAUCAGUUAGUAAUUUAGGGCUUUUACGUAAUAUAAGAUAUAUAUACUUGGAGGUAUCAAAAGUAGUAUUUAGUGUGACUUAAGUAUACUAGGGUAUCUAUACUUUGGUGUCUGAAAAGAUGGUGAGUCGGUCAAAACGAGCAUAGGGCUUAUUUUAAAAUUGCCCCCGUUCUCAUUUUGAAGUAAUUGUGUCACUUUUACGAGACCUUUUUUUAUUAGUAUUUUGAUGGGUCUUUUCAUUUUCCUUCUGCCUGUUACGAGAAAAGGCAGAAGAUGGCUGAGGUGGACUCUUACCACCCGCCACUACCAGCAGCUGAAAAGUUGCUUCCUUCUUUUUCUUUUUUGUUUUUUUCCCCCUUUCCUUAAUGGGUUUUCCGGAGCAUUUUUUUAGCUUUCUAUUAAGGUCAUUGUAAUCAACUUUGGGUGAUUAAUUAUUAUGCCCUCAGUUGUUAUGAUUGAAGUUUGAACUAUAUAUGAUUAAAUUGUAAAUCUCCAAUUUCUAAUAGUAAUGCAAGUAAAAAAUGGUUUUGUAUUAUUA